CACAAAACCUUAAUAAUGAAGACACCAUUUUUAUACCUCUCUCUCUCCCUCCUCUCCACCAUGCUUUGCUCGGCACAGACACCCCCCGCGGUGCUCGACACCAACGGAAACGCCGUCCAAGGCGGCGUCAAGUACGUCAUCGUCCCAGUACAGCCGAGCCAGGGCGGAGGGCUCGACCUCGCCUCCACCGGCAACCAGAACUGCCCGAAGAGCGUCGUCCAAGUCGGCCCAAACGUGGUGGGCAACACGGUAACGUUCUCCCCCGUGAGCCCCAAAGACGUGGUUCGCAAUGGGACGGAUCUCAACGUACAGUUCUCUGGCUCAAACACGGGAUGCCCGGAGUCUACUGUGUGGCAAAUCACGCAUGACCCGGAAGAUACUGACACCACUCACUACGUGGUGAGCGGUGGAGUAAAGGGAAAUCCCAGUUCUUCCACAGCCAGAAACUGGUUCAUGAUUCUCAAGACCAAGAAUGGUUACAAGUUUAAGUUUUGUCCGGUGUCGUUGUGCGACUGCAAUCCUGUAUGCCAAGAUAUUGGCAUUUCAGUAGAGAGUGGACACCGGCUUUUGAAAGUAGACUUAUCCCUUCCCCCUUUGGAGGUCAACUUUAAGAAGGCUUAAACGUUUCAUCUAUACAUGUGCUAGCUGAUCCUAAGUUAUCUUAGCGAUAUGGAUGUAGUAUUACAAUAAACCAUCCUCAAGAGAAAAAUGGUGAAGAAUAAUGAAAUAUACAUUACUCCGUAUAUUGGUUACA